CGCCCCCCGGCCACGUCCCAGCCCCCGAGUGGGCUCUGCAGCAGGCGGCGACUCCGACAGGCUGGCCGACUCCCAGGCCCCGGCCCACUCGCCCAGAAUGGAGGACGGCUUCCCCGCCCCUCCGCCGCCGGCCCAGGACUCGGCCGCGGACCCGGCCCAGACGCCCCCGGAGGGGCCCGGCGCCCUGCCGCCGCCCCCGCCCAAGGAGUCCUUUUCCCGGUUCUACCAGCAACGCCAGGCCAGCGAGCUGAAGCGCCUUUACCGCCACAUGCACCCGGAGCUGCGGAGGAACCUGGAGGAGACCGUGGCCGAAGACCUCGCCGACCUCCUUGAGGCGGGGAGUCCGGGCCCUCAAGCCCCGGGCGGCUCAGACCCGGCCCCGGCUGGCGGCGGCGGCGGCGGCGACGUCCAGUGCAUGCGCUGGAUCUUCGACAACUGGCGGCUGGACGCCAUCGGGGAGCGGCCGGGGCCCAGGAAGCUGACCGACGAGGAGGCCGUGCUGAGCGGAGACGUGAAGGCCACGUCCCUCAAGUUCGAGGGCCCGGGCGGCGGCGGCGGCGGCGGCGGGGCGACCCCGCCCCCUCCCCCCGGCCCGGGGGCGGCGACGGGGGCCGUGCGCACGGCGCGGUGGCUGUUCGAGACCCAGCCCCUGGACGCGCUGGGCAAGACGAGGCUGGAGGAGACGGAGCUGCAGGAAGCCGUGCUGCAGGAGCCCGCGCCCAGAGGGGACGUGCAGGGCACCCGGCGGCUCUUCGAAGGCUGCGGCCCGGACGCCGCGCGCGGCUCCGACCGGGAGCGGAGCGUCCUGCGGCUGCGCUCCGAGAUCCAGGAGCUGCAGGGCGGCGUGCAGAAGACCAUCAAGCUGUUCCAGACGGAGCCGCUGUGCGCCCUCCGCGACGGCGCCGGGCACAUGCACGAGAUCCGGGCGGUCUGCCGCGAGGAGAUCGGCAGCGCCGCCGUCAGCGCCGUCCGCUGGCUGUUCGAGACGAGGCCGCUGGACGCCAUCAACCGCGACCCGGCCGCCCGGGUGCACGUGGUCCGGGGCAUCUCCCUGGAGGAGGCGGCGGCGGCAGGGCGGCCCGACGUGAGCGGGGCCCGCUGGCUGUUCGAGACGCAGCCGCUGGACGCCAUCCGGGAGGUCACCGUGGACGAGCGAGAGUUCCAGGCGUUGCCCGAGGUGACGGCCGGCCCGGAUGUGAGGAAGCAGCGGCUGCUCUUUGAGACCCGGGCGCUGGACUCGCUGACGGGCGAGGAGGGCGAGGCCCGGGGGGAGGAGGGCGAGCCCGGGCGGGAAGCGCCCCCUCCGCGGCCGGGGGAGGGAGGGGCAGCGGCGGGGGCCGUGCGGUCCACCCUGUGGCUGUUCGAGACGCAGCCCCUGGACGCCCUGGGCGGCGGCGGCGGCCGCUGCCAAGUGGGGCGACUGCAGCGGGUGGAGCCCCGGGAGGAGGGCCCGGGGGACGAGGGGGCCCGCGGCCCCGAGGGUCGGCCGGACGCGGCCAGCGGGGACGUCAGGGCCUUCAGGGCCCUGUUCGAGGCUCUCCCCUUGGACCGCAUCGGCCCGGCGGGCCCGGGGGGCCCCGGCGGCGGGGGCGCAGCCGAGGCGGGGGUGGCCGCGGGCCACGUGCGGGCCACCCAGGCCCUGUUCGACGCCUCCCCGCUGUACGUCCUUCAGGACGGCCGCGGCGGGCUGCACCGGGUCACCGCGGUCAGCCGCGAGCAGGAGGCCGGGCCGGGCUGCCUGUGGCUGUUUGAGACGAAGCCCCUGGACGGGGCCCCGCGGACGGCGGAGGUCAUCCGGGGCCUCACCCGCGAGGAGGCGGCGGCCGAGGACGGAAGGACCGCCCGCUGGUUCUUCGAGACGCAGCUCGCGGAGCCGGCGGAGCCCGCCGAGGCGCAGCGGGGAGAGCCGCCCAAGGGCGAAGCGCCCACGUGCCGGUGGCUCCUGGAGACAAGGCCGCCGCCGGACGCGGAGGCCUCCGGCGACCCCGCGGCCUCCGUCGCCCCCGAGCCCUGCACGUGGAUGCUGGAGGCGCCGCCGCCACUCCCGGACGGGCGGGGGCCGCCGCGCGAGCAACGUCUGCGGGCCGGCCCGGUUUCCGGCGCGACCGGCGGGGCGGGCGGCACCGUCCGUCGCCUCUUCGAGACCGAGGCUCUGGGCGGCGAGGGCGGGCCCAGGAAGGCGGUUCGGACCCGCAGCUGGGUGGAGAUCCCGUCCGGGGCCGUGUCCCGCCGGCGGGAGGUGUUCGAGGCGCAGCCCGCGGCCGCCCGAGGGGCCGGGGGCUCCGCGGCGCCGGCCGCGGGCGAGGUGGAGCCGGGCUCCGUGCGCCGGUUCACGUGGCUCUUCGAGACCCGCCCCAUGGACGGGCUGCACGCCGGCCCGGGGGGCAUCCGGGAGCUCCCGCCCGCGAGCGGCGGGGCGAGCGCCGGCAAGAGGUUCGUGUUCGAGACCCUGGCCCUGGGGGAGCUGCAGGCCGAGGUGGACGAGUCCGAGCUGCCGCCGCUCCCGCGCGCGGCCCACGCCUGCACCAUGCGCUUCGAGGGCCGGCCCCUCUACGCCCUGCGCGACGCGGACGGCGCCUGCCACGAGGUGACAGCCGUGCGGAAGGAGGAAGUGAGGCGGGGCAGCGCAAGGGGAGCCCGCUGGGUCUUCGACACCAGCCCGCUGGACGCCGCCGCCGACGGGGCCGACGUGUUCCUGCUGCGGGCCGUCACGCAAGAGGAGGGCGGCCGGGGCGCCGCGCGCUGGCGGUUCGAGACGGAGCCCCUGGAGCCGGCGGCCAGGACGGCGGGGGACGGCGACGACGCCCAGCGCGGACAGGGGGCGCCGCCGACCGAAGGCGCCGGGCCGGGAGGCGGAGGAGGCCGGGCCGAAGCGCCGCCGACCGAAGGCGCCGGGCCGGGAGGCGGCCGAGGCCGGGCCGAAGCGCCGCCGAGCCCCGGGCGGUACGUGCGCACCGUGAGCGUCAGCGACCAGCAGCGGGGCCACCUGCGCACCUCCACCUGGCUGUUCGAGAACCGGCCCCUGGACUCCCCGGGGGGCCCACCCGAGGCGGGCGAGCCGGAGGCCCGACGGGCCCCUUCCCCGGCCAUGACCACGGUGCGGAGGGAGGACGUCAGCCGUGGGGGCGUCAAGCGCUGCGCCUGGCUCUUCGAGACGCCGCCGCCUGGCCGCCUCCGAGACCCCGCGACCCCCGCGGAUCCGGCCGCCCCAGGCGGCGGGGACGAGCAGGGGGAGGUGGCCCGGGCGAAGAGCACCACGUGGCUCUUCGAGAACGCGCCGCGGGACCGGCCCAGCGCCUCUCCCGAAGGGCCCGACGGCUCGGUCCGGGCCAGCCUGCGCGCCCUCCACGCCUGCGGGGCCGUCCGGCGCGGGGGCGUCGUGAUCGAGGCCCACGGGCCCGGCCGUGUCCGCCUGGCCCGCUACCAGCUGGACGGCCCCGGACCCCUGGAGGUCCUUAAGGAAGAGACGGUCGCCGGCGACCUGCGGGACGUCCUGGGCCCGCUGCUCCAACGGGAGCGCCUGGAGCGGCCGGCGCUGCUGGCCGAGGGGGACGCGAGGGGCGAGGUCCGCGUCAGCCCCUUGCAGCUGCCCGAGCCGAGCGGGCCCGGCGCCGCGGGGGCCCUGGGCCUGCUCGUGGACCGGCAGGACGCCGCCGCCCAGAAGGGGCUGGUGCUGCAGGAGGCGGCGGACGGCGCCGUCGGCCUGGUCGUCUUCUCCCUCCCGCGGGCCGGGGCCGAGCUGGGCCUCGUGCGGCUGUUCGCCAACUGCAUCGAGCGGGGCGAUCUGAGCCACCUGGGCGACCUGCGCCGGGACCGGGAGGCGGAGGUGGAGCCGGGCCCGGGGGAAGCGCCCGCACCAUCCCCGGGGGGCGACCGAGCCCCGGGCCUGAGCCCGUCCCAGAGCGUGAUUCGCGUGGCCCCGCUGGACGCCCCGGCAGCCCGCCCCCUUCCGCGGGCCCAGGGCCAGGAGAGGCCCGGGCCGAGCGGGGCCGGGCGACCCGCGGAGUCCGCGGGGCCCCCCACGGACGGUCCCGACUUGCAGGCGGCGCUGCGGGGCCUCAGAUGGGCGGCGGCCGAAGCCCAGACCCUGCAGGACCACGUGCAGCGGAAACUCCACGGAGACGGAACGGGAGGGCCGCCCCGCCCCGGCCCCGGCCCCGGCCCCUCAGACGCCGGGAUCCCCGCAGCCUCACAGCAGCAGUCCCGGCCGGCCCCCGGAUCGGUCAGUGCCGAACAGCGGGGACGGCCCUCCCUGGACCCAGGGGACGCCGCUCAGCCGGCCGCCGUAAGGACUGAGUCCCGCGACCGAGAGCGGCCGGGGUCAGGGAGCGGUCAGCGGGGCACCGUAGCCCGGGAAGGUCCGGAGCCGCCGGCCCUCGCCCCCGAGGGCUCUCCGAGCCAAGAGGAAAGCACCCCGGGGACCCUGCAGGCGGCUCUGAAGAGCCUGGAAAGGUGCCAAGUCAACGUCUCCAAGGGCGACUUUCAGGCCGCGAUGAUCUACCGAAAUGCUGGGCGGGAAAAGCCUGGGGAAGCGUCUAGACCUCAGGCGGCGGCGACCCUCGGCGGGACGACGCCGGCUGGUUCAGCUGUCAUUCCUCCCGCCGCUCCUACGCGGUCCGAGCCCCCGUCGCUUCCCCUCUCCGGCCCCCAGGACCAGGCGCCGGCGCUUCGCCUCAGACCCAGCCUCCCGCCCAAGCCGGCCCACCUCGCCUCCCUGGGUGGUCCCGGGCAGCCUCCGGCCCCGCCGGAGAGGAAGGGGCCGCGGGCCCGGACCCCCCUGCAGUUGGCCGAAGAGCGAUUCAGGGAGGCCCGCCAGCGCGAGCCCAGUCUUGCCGCCGCCGGGGCCCCGCAGCCGGCGCCCGCCCCGGGCUGCCCGACCGGGGGCGCCCCGCAGCCGGCGCCCGCCCCGGGCUGCCCGACCGGGGGCGCCCCGCCCCAGCGGUUUACGGCCGGGCAGGUGGCCGGUCCCGGGGAGGCCCCGGGAGAAGGGGGCGCCGCCGCCGCCACGCCGCCCUCCGGGCCGCCCGGCGGGGACCCGAGCCGGGGCAGCCCCCUGCCCGGCCGGGCUGGGCUGGUCCUGCAGCCCCGGAUCGGUUCCCCGUCCUUCAUUUCCAUCGAGUCCGUGGCUAGGAAGCCGGCUGCCAAGGCCGCCCCGGAACGCCUUCGGCCGGAUCCCGCUCCGGCUCUGGGGGGCGGGGUCCUCGAGGCGGGGGUCGAGCCAUUGCCCGUCCUGCCGCAACCGGCGCGGUCCGGUGGCAGUGGGGAUGGGGCCUGGGGCCUGCGGGGGCCGGACUCGCCUGCCUCCGGGAGACAAAAAAGCGUCCUGGAGGUGCAGAUGGGGACCAUGAUCGUCUCCGCCCCCACCCUUCGGCGGUAGGCCGAGCCCCGCGCCCCCACACUCCCCUCGCACACCCCCUUUUCACCCACUCCUCAUGGUCCGGCCGCCGUCUCCCUAGGUAUCCUGAGGUUCUUGGGUGGUUCGCGGGAGGAGGAGCCGGGGAGGAGUGGCUGAGCACUGGGAACGCUAGGCAGGACAAGCAAACCCCGUGAACCCCCGAACCCCCUUAGCCUGGCAGCCCCAGUCCGAGGCGGAAGCCACUAUCCAUUCCAUUUGGCUCCCGCCUUACUCAUCCUGGGCUGGAUCUGGCCAGCUGGAGGGCAGGGGGUUGCUCAGUCCGGACUCGAUCCACAGGGCCAGGGGCCCAACCCUGCCUCAGGGACCUCAGGCACACGAGCGUGAACACACACACACACACACACACACACACACACACACACACUCCCGCGCUCAGACUCCUCAUCCACACAGAUUCACAAACACCUAGAUCCCUCCAUCGACCACAAACUGACAGACUCAGUCACUCCCCCACACACAAACAGGCAGCAGUCGGCCUUGUAGACACAUUUUCCUCCUUCGACUCCAUUUUAGCUUUUGCUUUGAGGCGAGGGGCGAGGGGUGGAGCAGGGAGGACAGGGGUAGGAGAUGCGGCGGUGGAGGCUGUGACCACCACAGCUCGAUUUGCGUUUCCGGGCCCCGAUGCCCAACACGGCCCCUGACAAGUCCCAGUUCCCAAGGGAGGGGCAGGAUUUGACUCUGACAUUGAACCGAAGGCCCUGGGUCACCUUGGGCUGGGCAACUUGGUGAUAACCCCUCUGUAACCGUUUUCUCCUGUUCCUAUAAAACGUUUUGUACCAUUUCCCAUUCUG